AUGAGACUUUCAAGGAUCUCAACGCUGGCGAUCGGUACCGUGAUACUGGCCCUGGUGAUCGGUGAAAUCAAUGGCAAUGUGCACGAUUUCGAGGGGAACGAUAUCGUUAGCCACAACGGGAACGCGAACGGCCGGCAGGAAACCUCGAUGGGGCGUGGAUUUGCUGAAUCUGCCAAGGAUCUUAUUACCAGUCCUGCCGGACAGCUUGCGGUUUCGUUCGCCAAGGAGAUGAUUAGUCGAUCGGCUGGGAACAGUCAGGUGCUGAGCUUGAAUCUUACAAACUUGCUGAUACUGUUCCUGUUGAAAGCACUCAUUUUCGCAGCCGGUCUAAUAGGUGCCGGAAACUGGGGAGGAUACGCACGAGGAAGAAGCGAAGACGGUGGAUCAUUUUUCCAACCUGGCGAAACAGGCCUUCUGAUCGGCUAUUUGGCUGCCGAAGGUUCCGGUCAGGAAGGGUGUAUGCUGCUAUCGGCCUGUCAAGCGCCACGAAUGGCUAACGAGUACGCAAGAGCCGCCCAUGCACUGGUGCAGGGUGCCGAAAUUUUUGAUCCGGAAAUCCCACGAAACAGUAAAUACAACCGGAUGCUGAUGCAGAUCGAUCGGGCUGUUAUGGAGGGAUUGCAAGGUGCACCGUGCGAUAUGAUUUAUCCCUGUCACCUGUAG